UGGCAUGAAAAGAAAAGACUCAAGUAAAGUACAAUUACCUCAAAUGUGUACGUAAGUACACUACUUGAGUAAAUGUACUUGGUUACAUUCCGGGAGCAGCAGCGUGACUUUCUGAGCGCGCAGGCUUUAAGUUUCGUUUCUGCGCGUCUCUCCGGGAGGAGAUCCAGUCUGGAGACAGAUGCGCGCUGAACGUAGACGGAUGAAGUCAACGUGUUUGGUGCUGGGUGUUGAUUGCUGUCGUGUUUCUGCACCGCAGUUCCCCAGAGAUCCCCUGUCAAUCCAACAGUGAGGUUGUUUUCAGUAUGCAGAGGAGUGUCCAGCUGGGCCUGCUGCUUCUGGUGGUCCAGUUGUUCCAAGAGGGUCUGGGAAACAUCCCAGCAGUCACCCUGGCGGUCCUGGGGUUCAAUGUGUAUCUUUACAUGUUCCCUGCUGCUCCACCGAUACAGGCCUGUGUGAGCCUCCAACGUGUGUUCAGGGAUAAGGAGUGGCGUCGCCUCUUCCUGUCCCCGCUGCACCACGUGGACGACUGGCACCUCUACUUCAACAUGGUGUCCUUCAUGUGGAAAGGGAUGAGGCUGGAGGGGCGUCUGGGUCCAGCCUGGUUCCUCUACCUGCUGUCAGUCUUCUUCCUGCUCGACGGACUCGUCUACCUGCUGCUGCAGGCGGCGCUGACCAAACUCAUUGAGGACUCGAACCCGUUAGUGGCGUUCAGAGACGAGUGUGCUGUCGGCUUCUCGGGUGUCCUGUUUGCUCUGAAGGUGGUCAGUAACCAUGACAACCCAGGGGGUGUGACCUACGUGUUGCAUAUCCGUGUGUCCAAUCGCUUCGCUAGCUGGGCGGAGCUAGUGCUGAUCUAUCUAAUUGCUCCCGGGACUUCUUUGGUCGGCCACCUGGCUGGGAUCCUGGUGGGUCUGCUCUACACUUGGGGACCACUGAAGACCAUCAUGAAGAAAUGUGCAGAGUUUGUAUCUUCAGAUUUAAAUGCUCCACGGCCAAGUGUAUUCUUCAGCUCCUCAGGCUACAGCGGGACUAGACGAGAACACUCAGGAGAGCCACAGCCCGCAGAAGAUCAUAUCGCCGAUGAUGCAUCUGAAUAUACAGAGUCUUUUAUCGCAGGACUGACGGAGGACGAGCAGAUAGAAAUGGCGAUCAGAAGAAGCCUGAAUAACAGAGGACAAACCAGCCAAGGAGAAACUGAGCCGCCCGCUGAGGAGGAGCCUGCAGAAGAUCAUACUGCCGAUGAUGCAUCCGAAUAUACAGAGUCUUAUGUCGCAGGACUGACGGAGGAAAAGCAGAUAGAAAUGUUGAUCAGAAGAAGUCUGAAUGACAGAGUACGCAGCAGGCGGAGAGAAACGGGACACCCCGUGGAGGAGGAGGUGAGUCCCGAGGAGCUCAGGUCGAGGAGAUUGAAGAGGUUUAAAGAAGACGUUUCCAACCCGGGGAGGGGCAGGAGAAGAAGAUUAUAAUGACAGAAAGAGAAUUUCACAAUAUCUUUUUAUCAUCGGUUUCUUAGUAGUCUCGCAUAGCCAGAACCUUCCUCCACAGGGCUGCGGAGGAAGGUUCUGGCUAGUCCACACAGCAUCCUGGGACUCUGAGAAAACUCCGAUUGGACAGGUAGUCUAGCUAGCUGUCUGGGUUCACCCUGCAGAGAUCUGAGGAGCAGCUAACCACAGUCAGAGAAAGGUGACGGACAUCUGGCGAAAUUUCCUGCAGCGCCCGAACAAUCCCGGAAACGAACGGUCGUCGAUGUAGACUACAGUAGUUCGUUACCUACGGUACAUCCCAGCUGUUUGUUGUCAGGCGUUGUGGUGUACUGAACAUUUUGAAAACAAUUCUUGAUAUUAUAUCUUUAUAAUGGGGUCUCUAAAAAUAUUGACAAUGUGUCAAUCCAUGAUGUGUCAAUCCAUGAUGAUCAUGUGAUCAUCGUGGAUUAUUAGGCCUAUGUGUAAAACUGCAAAAAUAUCAUUCAUGCAUGUCGGCGAUUUGAACCUAAUUCACUUCAAUGAAGAUAACUAUACUAUAGUAUACAUACUAUAUGAUAUACUAUACAUGCUGUUCUUGUUAUGAGCAUCAAAGCGUGGCGGCGCUGCGCUGCAAAUUCAACUCCUGUUUAGUACGUGUUAACUCAAAGAUUCCUAGAAAAAAUCUAAACGUUGGAGGCCAUUAAUCGGCGAGCAAAGUCCUUGAAAUCCAUUCUGCAGUUAGCAUCAUAUAGCCAUGGCAAAAAGAAAACCGUUUAAUUAAUUUUGGUUUUACUAAGAAACUGUGUAGCGAUGACGUUAAUAGCACGACCGAUUCACCUGCUGAAAGCCCUGUUAGUUAGCACACCUCCCACCGGGGGGUGACAACGCAAGAAGAAGCUGAAGAAAUAACAUCCUCUCUGGCUGAAGAUGAUCCUCCUUACCCCUCUCGCUCCUCUCUCUCCCGUUAAAUUGGAACGGCCAGCAGUGGAGGGACUGGAAGAGCUGAUAUAUACAUGGCUGUUUGUUAAGGAAGGAAGCUUGGGGUGCGUCGCUAAGGUCUAAUUGAACGGAGGAAUUAUGGUAUUCUUCGGUAG